CGCAUAUGGCGAGGUGGUGGACGAGCUUCUGGAGGCCAUAGCAGGUGCCGAAGCCCUCCGAGAAGAUGUGCUGCAGGCACUCCAUCGCCUUGCUCAGCUCCGGGUACACGCGCUGCUCCUUCCUCUUCCUCCGCCGCCGCUUCUGCCUCUGCACGAAUCAGUCGACGAUCAUCGAAGUCCUCGGCGAUCAGCUUCAUGCAGCGGAGGUGGAGCCAGGCGUCGUCGCACUGCCGCGCGAGCACCAGCACGUCCACCACGCCCUCCGCUGUCAGGCUCGACGCUUGCGCCCGUUCGCACACGCGGGUUUCUUCUCAACCAUCGGCCAAUCCGAGCCCACUGCGGGCCGGCCCACUGGACCUGCAACAUUCCAUGCUGGCCGGUUCAUCUGAAUCCAAUUUUAAAUGGGAACUUACCCCAAAUUAACCAGACCCGGAACAAUCAAAAACCCUCUCUUCCACCCGGCUUCUCGUCGCCAUCGAGAACGUAUGGAUUCGGCCUCUUCCUCUUCCAAAUGCUCCGAAUGCCCUAAGCGACAGAACGACAGCGGUGGCGGCUUGGCCGCCCAAUACUUCGACGUCUAUGGCCCUGAAGGAAAAGCAGAUGUUAUAUAUAAAGUUCCUUCAGAUUCAACAUUAACUCUUCAGGAUAUUCAAGGACUUGUAACUUGGGUCAUUGGGGAUGGUCUCAUGCCAUCUUGGGUUUUUGUAAAAAACAAGCCACUUAUAAGGAAAGUCAUUCUUCUCCACAUUCCAGGCCUUGAUGCAGCUUUGUACAUGUCACACACUGGCCUACUUUCUGCCCUAAAGAAAUAUUGUGGUACGCCUAAGCCAGCAUUAGCUUUAAGAUGCCAAUUUUACUUGGAUGAGUUGGAAACUAUUGAUGCCCUCCUAACAUGCAAAGUGAAAAGAAAGCGCGGGGAAGUUGAUCCAAGGCCCAUGCCACCCAUUCAAGCUAUUAGACAAGGGAACAAUUUUAUUCUGGCAAACAUAAAGGAUCUGCCUUUUCCUAUCCACUAUUAUACUCUUUCUAAAAAGCAACUUGAGGAGAAUGGAUAUUUCUUAAAUCUUCCAGGUGUUAUCACUACACUUCCAUCUCCUUCAGGUUCUCCAUUGCAUGAAAUUCUUGCACUUGACUGUGAGAUGUGUGUAACAACUGAAGGGUUUGAACUCACAAGAAUAACAUUGGUGGAUGUCGAAGGAGAGGUGGUGCUUGACAAACUAGUUAAACCUUUCAACAAUAUCCUGGAUUAUAAUACUAGGUUUAGUGGAAUUACUGGUGAGAUGUUAAAUGGUGUGACAACAACACUUGGGGAUAUUCAGGGAGACUUCCUGAAGCUUGUGAACAAAGAAACGAUUCUUGUUGGGCAUUCUCUUGAGAAUGACCUUUUAGCAUUGAAGAUAUCUCAUGAAUUGGUAAUUGAUACUGCUAUUUUGUACAAGCACCGGCCUGGUGGCUACAAGACAGCUCUACGAGUUCUAUCUCGGAAAUUUCUUUCGCGAGAGAUUCAGGCUUCAGGAAAUGGGCAUGAUAGUAUUGAGGAUGCAAAAACUGCUAUGGAUUUGGCACUUCUGAAGAUUAGAAAUGGACCUGAUUUUGGCUCUCCCCCACAAGUCACUCGUAGAAAACUUGUUUCUAUUUUGCAUCAAAAUGGGAAAACUUGUUCUCUCAUUGAUGAUAUUUCUAUACUUAGGAAGUAUUCCGAUGAAUUAUGCAAUACAAUUCCAGUAGCAUCAGAUUCUGAGUCACUUUCUAAAGCUAUAAAACAGGUCAAGAAUGAUAAAGUAAGCUUUAUCUGGACCCGCUUUACGAGCUUAUUCUCUUAUUUUCAGAAGCAAGCUCAGGAUGUUGAAAGGUUACAGUAUCGAGUUGCUGAGGUUAUAUCAUCCCUGACAUGUAAAAAAAAGUCAGCCAGGGCAGCCAUAAGUUAUGGUUCAGUAAGCUCAGAAUUGACUGACAUUCUAUCUGGGAUUAAUGAUAAAGUACAAAAGCUACACAAUGCAUUGCCUAAAAACACACUGUUAAUUAUUUCUACUGGCCAUGGAGAUACAGCUAUUGUCCAAAGAUUAAGGAAAUUGCUUAAAGAGGAUAAUGAGAAAAUAAUCAACCGGGAAGAAGUUGUGAAAGCCUUGGGAGAACUCCAAGCACAAGCUGAAGUGGCACUUUGUUUUUCUAGCGUCAAACAUUGACUUUGCAUUGUAAUGGAUAUUUGACAGUCUACAAGAUUAGAACCAGUAACAGCUAGCGGCACAUCAUUGUAAAUAACAUACUGUAGCAUCAUCACUGGAGAGGUCCAUUGUUGUAGCGGUACCAUAUUUAUAAAUGAUGCAUGUAACUCUGCCUAAGCAGAAGAGAAUCAUUUUUCAAUCUCAUUCCAUAUUAAUUUUGAUAGUCAAAAGAGUGGUAAGUUAUGGUGGAACGCUGUGUUUUCACUUUUCAUUUUGUAUAUGAACUGUAACUAUAAACAACAUGCGGUGUACACUGAUUAAA